AUGUUCAACAAAGUUAAAAUGAUGAAGGAUAGAAAGGCUAAUGUUUGGUCUCACUCCUCACAACCUGCCUAUCAACAAAAUGGUUGUGACGACUUUUUGGCAGUACAAAAGAAAGAGUGCAAACCAACACCUCAAUCAUCAAUAACACCACCACAACAACCACAACAAUGGAAUAAUUCUCCAGCUGGAGGUGUUGGUGGAGCAUCAGGUGUUUCUACCAGUUUACCAAGUGUUUCCCUUCCACUUGAUAAGUAUUUGGAGAUUUUACAACAAUUCCAACAACAACAAAAGUUUUUGGAAGAACAUUUCGAUGAUUCUGUGAUUAGUGCUGCUGAUCAACCAUACAUUAUCAGAUCUAUGGAUAUAAAGGGAAAGCAAAAUUAUGUCAAGAAGGAAAAUUUGAGUUUGGCAGAAUCUAUUGGAAAGGAAGAAGAACGUGUAAAUAGUUGUGCAUUUGAAAUUGUGUAUAUGGUAGAUAUGUUAGAAAAUGUAUCAAAAAAGCAAAAAGCCAUUCUUCAAAGAAAUAAUCUCUUACUAGCAAAGAAGUUAUGGACUCAAUGUGUAUUAUUGAGUAAUGUAGAACAACGUAUUGUGAUCAAGACAGUUAAUGUAAAGUAUAUGGGUGAAAAGGAAGAAAAUGAUUAUGUAAAUUGCCAUGUUUCAAUUGAUCAAGGUAAAAUUAUAAUGUUGACAGAUUCAUCUGGUCUCUAUGAAGUUAGAUUGAAAGUUGAUGUUAAUUAUACUAACCUUGAAUGUUUGAAGAAUGAAACUUCCCCAAGACAAGUCACACUUUCUAUUCCAAAUGCUGUCACCAGUACAUUGGAAUUCAUUAUUGAAAAUGAAAAGUGUCAAGUGAAAGUUACUCCAUCUCUCUAUUUGGACCAAUCCAAUACAACAAUUGAAGAUAGAGUUGUUACCAAGGUUGCCACUCAACUUCCAUCCACACAAUAUCUCAGUAUUUUGUGGACUCCUGAAAUUCAACAAAAAGCCAUUGAUCUCAUCUUCCAAAAGGAGCCAGAGGAAGAAAAAGAAAAGGAACAAAAGGUUGUUCUUCCAGUUUCUGUCAGUUCUACCCAAGACUCCAGUUGUUUGAUUGGUGAAGGUGUUAUCAAUACAAAGAGUAGAUUCGAUUACUCUAUUGUUAAUGGAAUCAUUACCUCAUUGGAAAUUUCUAUCAAUCCAUACAAUUUGCCAUUCAGAAUUAUCUCUGUUUCUGGUAGCUAUAUUAAGGAAUGGAACAUGGUUAGUGAAGAAGUCAAGGAUGACCAAUUAGAAGAAGCCAACUCUCUUACAAACUGUAAAAAGAAGUUAGUUGUUACCUUUACAAGAGAAAUUGAAAGAUCCUACCAUUUGGAAGUCGUGAGUGAAGCUGAUAUGGGAGGUACUAGUGCAUUAGUAAGAGUUCCUUCUCUUUCCACUCAUAACGUUUCAAGAGAAACUGGUACUAUGGCCAUUAUUGCCAAGACAGUUGUAGAAAUUGUAGAAAAGUCAAGAAGAUUCUUGAGAAAGAUAGACAUUGGAGAAUUACCACAUGUACAUAAGCAAAGUGGAUUCCCAAUCUUGAUGGGUUAUAGAUUUUUAGAAAGUCAACACGAAUUGCAAUUAGAUGUCAUCAGACAUGCUGACGUGUCUGUUUUAUCCACAAAUAUUUCUCAAUGUACCUAUACCAUUACUCAUUCUGGAGAUAAGCUCCUCCACAAGAUUAAUCUUAACUGCUACAAUACUUUCAAACAAUAUUUGAGAAUCAAAUUGCCAGAAGAAUUGAACGGCUCUGAAGUAUGGUCUACUUUGUGUGAUGGAGCAACCAUUAAACCAGGUCAAGAAGUUAAAGAUAAUGAAAAGACCAUCCUCAUUCCACUCUCCAAGAAGGAAGGUUCCACUCCAAUGAAUAUUGACCUCACUUUUACUGUACCAUCCACAAAACUUGCCUCCUCAGGAACACUCUCAGUAUCACUUGCUCAAAUUGAUGCACCAAUUACUGAACUUCAAUUUGAUUUACUUUUGCCUGAUGAUUACAAGUAUGCAGAAUUUGAAGGAAAUAUCGACGAAAGCAAAACAGGAAUUUUAAAGAAUACCCUCUCUGAUAGUAUUGUCGGACUUAAAAGAUUUGCCAAGAAAAAGUCAAACUAUUCUGCCACACAACAACACAAAGUUAGAGAAAUUAUUGAUGUUCAAAAUGAAUGGAUUGACGAAUGUGAUACGUCCUUUAAUAAUUAUCAGACCUAUAAUUCCACCCCUGUCAAUAAGGGUCAAAUCAAGUUUACAUUCAAGAGAUUCCUAAUGAACGAAGGAGAAGCUAUCAAAACCAAUGUUCAAUAUAAGGAAAUAACCAAAUAUUGGUUCCAAAGAAGAAAUUUGACAGGAUACAAGCCAUCAUCAGUAAUUAUUGUAUCAGUUGCCAUCUUGUUUAUUGCCUUAUUGAUUUAUUACAAACUUGUCAAGUCAGUGGCCAAAGAAUUAACUGAAGGAUCAACUAGUAAUUAA